CAUCGCAGAUAAGACUGAGAAAGACUGUCACUAGACUCUUCCCACACCGCCCACAGCACAAUCUGAAAAACCUUUGAUCGGAUUAGAAACAAGCUGGAAUCAUUGCAAGAGCCCUUGACACUGCGACAACAACCACCAUCAUCACCAUGACUGAAAAAGGCGGCCUUCAGGCGAGGACGCUUGAGCAACAGAUCGAAGAAAUGCUCGAUGUGCCCAGUCCUACUCCCAAGAAAUCUGUCGCACCGCCGGCGCCUAGGAAGUUCAAUCGCAUCCGCACAUUUGUGCAGAAGCUGAACGAAGAAGUCCUUGCCACCAUCUAUGAAGCCGAACAACGCCACCAGGCGCAAGUCCAGGAAUUGAGCACGCAAAUGGACACGAAAGUCGCCGAAGCCGAACGACUUAGAUGCACCGAAAUCCAAAAAUUGACGGAGAGCCUUGAGGUGAAAGAAGAAACUGUGAUGGCACUGCAACGAAAGCUCGAGGAGCUUUCGACUAAGGAACAAGAGUUCACCGAUUUUGAGAAGAGCUCAAGUGAAAAGAUUCGCAAGUUGGAGGCGUCCGAUAAUGGUCAAAAGAACUAUGUCAAGCAGCUUCGCGAAAGCCUCGAAGCGCAAGAAGAGAAGACUAUGAUUCUCCAACAGAAGAUCGAUUCACUUCUGAGCAAAGAACAGGAGCAUCUCGAGCUCGUGAAGCAAGCAAGCGACAAGAUUCGUAAGCUGGAAGCCUUGGAAGAGAGUCACAAGAAUUAUGUCAAGUUGGCCGGGGACAAGAUCUCCGAUCUGACAGCAGAAGAAAAGAAAAGGGAGCAGGUGGCAAAUGAGAAAAUCAAAACCAUGGAGGCCCGCGAAGAGAAGGUGGUUUCCUUAGCCAAGAAAGCAGCCCUCAGGAUCAAGGACUUGGAGUCUCGCAACAAGGUGAAAGCAGCCAAUCUCAAGAAGGCCUCCGAAGCAAUCCAGGAAUUGAAACAGAUGUUGCUGGGCAAGCAAGAUGACCUCGAAGCGGUCCAAACAAAGACACUCGAGCACUUCGAUACCCUGGCUGAAGAAGUGGAGGAGCUUGACCGCGAACGUGCUAGCUUCCGAGCUUCCCUUGCUGAAGCUCAGGACCAGUAUUUGGAGGAAAAUGCGCUGAGAAAGGCCGAUCUUAAGAAAAUCUCUUCUCUUCGGAAGAUGAUUGAACAAUACGAUGGCGAUGGCGACUCGAACUGCUCCAACCUUUCCCAGGCAUUGUCGGCUGAAGAGGACAUGAAUCCUUUGACCAUCUAUCGUGAGAGCUGCGCUGUGACGCAAGAAGACUUUGAGACACUUCGAGCCCAGAUCUUUGAAGCUAUCCCAGAUUCCAUCAAGAAGAAUUACACUCAAGUUGGUUUCUUCAGGACGAAUGAAUUCUAUUUCCCGGUUCUGGCUCUCGGACCAUUCGAUGUUCCUCCUGGACCAAUCCGCAAGAAGUGGCUGGGACAGGCAACCACCUUGCUCGGCGUCUACUAUUAUGGUCAAGAGGACGAAGCGUUGGCUUACGACAUGAUACCAUGUGAAAGCUUCAUCCCCUACGACGAAGGUGUUGCUGAGGGCUUCCACAUCAUUCCAGCGAAUAUCACUGAGAAAGAGGAGAGCGGUGAGGAACUGGCUCCAAUUGAGCAACUGUUCAAGAAUGGAAUUGAGAAGAUCAACGCCGAAGCCAAGGCUGAACCUGAAGCAAGGAGCCACAUGUUGAAGAACUUCAAGGAAUCAUUCGAGCUUCAGGGAACCAAGCACAAUAGUGCACUUGAUAACUCCAAGGCACUGCGUGAAGAGUUUCAGGAAUUUAUCGGGUCUGUCGCAAAACGUGAAGCGCUCGUGGAGCGGUUGGACAAGAUCCCAGCAGACGAGUUGUUUGAAGCAAAGAGAAAGAAACCAAAGAAGAAGAUCUUGAAGAUUGACGUUGACAGGAAGGCUGAUGAUUCUGCUUCUUGCGCUGAUUCUGCGGAGACACCUUCCUCCACCUGGAGUGCCGAAUCUAGCGUAGCCAGUCUUGAAGAACAAAUGUACAGCUUCAUGAAAGAACUCUCUUCGACCAACCGGAAGUCUCCCAAAAAGGUACGCAGGCUCGAGAAAUGCCAAGAAGAAACCAGAGAGCAAGUGGAGGACCCAAAGAGUGCCCCUUCGAAUGAGGAGGUUCGAGACGACGCCGAACAAGAAGGUGCUGCCGAGAGGCGGCUUUCCUUCAAGGAACGACUUCAGAUGUUUGGUGGUCAUCACGUCAAGGCCAACUACAACAAAUGUGCUUCUGCGGGAAUAGUAAACAGUAACAACAAUACCAAGAACGUGAUGCAAAUGUGGAAACAAAAGACUACGGUGACCACCGCAUCCCCAAACAACACCGGCAACAACACUUGUUCCAGCCACAACACACCGAAGCAAGACAACAAGAAGGCCUUCAAUUUCGAUGAUGCUCACAAAGGCGAAAACGCCGAGGUAUCUGCCAAAGAGGUUGCGGCACCUAGGUUCGUGACAAUCCCAAAGAACAUCUUGAAAAAGAUUGAAGCUGGCGAAGCCCUGACUGAUCACGAAAAGGAGAUUCUUGAUGACAUCCAGAAGGCAAACCAACUCGAUACGGUGCCAUCAGAAACGAGCUCCCAAAGCAUUGAGUCAGAUGGCAAAGAAACCGCGGAGAGCAGCAAGCACGCCAACAAUGAGAUGGAGGUGACUGCGGAAUAAAGAAUUUGCUGCUUUCCAUGAUUUUAAAAAGCUGUCGAUCGAUGAACGGCGGAGGGUAGGCUAUAUUAUUUGUGCGGAAGAUGUGGGAACUGAGUCUGAGCGAGGCCAUAAUACCAUCAUGGUGCUAAAAGUGUACCAUACUGAGUAAUGCCAUCAUGGUGCUAAAGUGUACUGAGUAGGAUCGGAUCGAUAUCACAAUGAAACGAUCAAACCAAGAAAAGGAGAAUUCAUACUAUAACAAUUGAUAAUGAUUAUUGAGCGCAAAAUGUAAAAGAAUUCAAUCAAAUCGGGAGCCAUCGUAGCGUUGUUUCUUGGAGGACUGUGUUCUUCUUCAGUUGGAUUAUUGC